UUAGAAGACCACCCAUAUGUUUUGUGCACAGUUUUCAAUCGGGGAACCUCUGUCAAUCGGGAACCUUAUUGUCCUCUAUUGUUCAGGGUCCCCAAUUGAAUGCAGAAACAAACUCACUGACGCAAACCCUUUGAUGUUUUAAUUUGGAUUCAUUUUGCUUAAUCUCAGUUGAAAUUAACCUACCGCAAAAAUCGGGAUUAGAACCCAACGGCGUCUCUUUCCUUUAGUUUCUUUUGGCUGUGUGCGGAAUGGGCUUCCAGAGCUUUGGUUGGCGUGUGCCCACUUUAAUAUGAAACUGACGAAAACCUAGAUGCAGCUCUAGGUGCAAUGCUGAUGAUGCGGUCAUUGUGAAGUUCAGUACCACAAGUGUUGAAAUUUAACAAUUGUAUACAGUAGCUUAGUGAAACUCUUUGUAUGCCGUCUCCAAACUGUUGCCACCAAUUUCCUGUAAAGACCAUCAGCUUUCACUAAGAGUCAUGCCUUCCCUUUUCCGAGUUUGUUCCAUGGAGUUGGAAAUGUGAACAUGUUUUCAGCCAAUUGACUUAGAUAAAAGUGGAACUUCAGUCCCAACCAGUCACCAGAGUUUACACAACCGCGAAACAGGCCGUGGUUUGAAUGGAUGGAUAAAACGGCGCUGAAUACUUCCUUUAGUGUCAGAUAGAUUUUUUUUGCUUUAGUUACCGAUUCACAACAGGAAAUAUUAGGAAAGGAUACAGGUCUGUCAAAGCUUUCUUGAUUUCAUGGGGAGGAAUUUCCUCCUAGAAAGAGGUUUUGAUGCCAAGCAAGUCAUGGCCAACCAGGUACAGGGGACAGCAGGGCACCUGCCCAAGGACGGGGUGAGCCAAUCGCCACCACCAGCCACGCCUGCAGAAAUCAAAAUCAAGACUGAGAUCAUAGAGGUGGCCGAGCCCAUGAGCGAGACCACAGACACAGCCCAGGCGGGCGAGGACAGAGGCCACCUGGAGAGGUCGGCAUUUGCCGACAAGGAGGACUUGGAUGAGGAAGAUGACGAGGACUUCCUGAAUCAUGAAUAUGUAAAUGGGAUGGAUGAGGAGCGCUAUUCGCCCAUGAGCGGCAACAUAGACUUUGGGAUGAUGACAGGGGACCUGCUCCGAAGUGAGGACUACCAGCCGUUUCGGGACAUGGAAGGCAAUCAAGUGCUUGAAGUGGAUUGCGGUUCGAACAGAGCUCUGCUCUAUGUUGACAAGCUAUGUCAGGGGAGCAAAGGCCAGAGCAUAUUGUUUGAGAAUCGAUGGCAUACACCCAACGAAUUCCAGUACAUCAGCGGGCGGGAGACGGCCAAGGACUGGAAACGGAGCAUCCGUCACCGGGGCAAAAGCCUCAAGAUCCUCAUGUCCAGGGGUCUGCUGCAGCCCCGCACAAGACCAUCCGAUAAGAGGAAUGCCUCCAAUGGCUGCCUGACAAGCCUGAACAGCAGCGCAGCAGAGAAGAAACGCAAACUGGGACAGGAGUCGGAGCCUAGCCAGCUGAACCAAAUCAUCAACCAUCUCCACCAGACCAAUGGUUCUCACCUGCUAGGGACCAGGGAUGGCCCCCGAAAGCGAAGCCUUCCCUCUGAGUAUAGGAACGGAAAGCGCUCCCGCAGUGUCUCGCCCACAGAGGGCGACAUUUACGAUGAGCAGCAGAGAUGUAUCUUCCAGGCGGCUAACUCCCCAGAACCUCAGAAUAUUGAAAAUGCACGGAAAUCGCUGAACCUAAGUGCCAACAACCCCGACUCUCCUUUGAGCAGCGGCAGCGGGCAGAGUUCACCUGUAUCCUUUGUCCUUGGCGACCCACAGGCCCUCACCAAUUACGACAAACAGGAUGCCACGAUGGCGCACAAGUCCCGAAAGCAGAACUCUCCUCAGCAUUUUGAGAUGCACGGAGGCGGGGACAAAGAACGUGAGAUAAGCCGGAGUCCACACAUUGUACUAGUCUCCUCCUCAAGCAGUGCAGCAUUCCAGAAAGGACAGGCAAGUCUGAGACCAAGAUUUCACUCACAUCAACCGGGAACUCGUAUCAACGGCAACGCUCUCCUCACAGGCACUCAGGCACCAUUGACUGGUCAGGGGGAGGGGGGCAGACGAACACAGUCCUUGCUUACCCCCACCACCAAAACACCUUCUGUCAAAAUGAUAGAGCUGACAAGACCAGAUGCUGUGCCCAAGACACCAGGCUUUCCUGACAACAGAAACAACAGUGGCCACAAUUCCGCCCACAGCGGGGACGACGUCAGUCCGUCUGUGCGGACCCCAAAUAACGAUGCAGUGUUCUUGCCCAGUGACAUGAGCCAGUGGACGGUGGACGACGUGGCCCAGUUCAUCCAGUCGCUGAAGGGAUGCGAAGAGUAUGUUCAGGUAUUCAGAGACCAGGCCAUCGAUGGCGAGAUCCUGCCCGUCUUGACUGAGGACCACCUGCUGCAGAACAUGGGCCUGAAGCUGGGGCCGGCCCUCAAGAUCCGGCUGAGAGUGGCCCGCCGACUGGGCUACACAUUGGACGGUCAGUACUGCCAGCUCAAACCACCAUACGAGGAGCCUCCCACCCACUGACCAGUGCACAGCUAUCGGCAGCUUCAAAAGUCAGUAGGAAAUAUGCUUUUCAGCUGAGCUCAGGUGGUGUGACAGUUCUGUCAAACAAACUGCACAGACUAAAAAGUGGUGCUGUUUAGAUAUCAGCUAUAAGGGCAAGAGAUGGUCAGCCGAUUUCACGAAACUUGGCACAACUUCUUGCCACGCGUACCCCUUACGCUAAAAAGUUGUUGCAAAGCUGUGCAAUGUACUUACAGCUGAUCUCAUGAAGAAUUGCUCAGCUGCACAUCGUUUUAACUUGACUGACCUUGUGGGAUGACGACCACAGCAUUUACAGCAGCUGUUCCUUUUUUAGUAUUAAAGAAGUCAUUAAGCAGUCGUGAAAUGAGCUCCCGCUGCCAUUUUUUUAAAUCCUUUCGCCUUUUCUUCAUCAGAACCAGGCAGAAAAUUUCAAAGUUCUGUCAUAGCCAAACAGGUUUUUUGUAAAGUCCAAGAUGCAAAGUUGUACACUUCUUGCAUAAACCUUGUGAAGUUAAUCAAUAAUAAGCCUUGACAAGACAUGAUUAAAUUGUAAAAUCCUAAAGGAUUCCAUAAGUUACGCCAUCGUUUAUUGCACAACUUGCAGACUUAAGCAGUGCAUAACUUUUAAUGAAAUAUGUCAUAAUUUGUUGUUCAAAUAUGCAGAGAAAAGUAGUGUAUGUGAAGUUGCCCGAUUGCAUGAAGUUUCGUGAAAUCAGCUGCAGGAUUGAGUCCGUUUCAUCCCAGGAAUUAGUCCAUAAUCCCCAGGAAACAUGAGGUUUCGCUUGUUGAUGAUGAUAGUGAAACAGGCAAAUUCCAGUUGCCCUAUUAUUCUUGACUUUGUAGAAGGAAAGGGAUUUUCCGAGGCAAGUGCACUUGUUUCGGCCAGAUCACAAGCGCUGUGUUCACAGUGGUUACAAUAAGCCGUGUCAAAAUUAAUUAGCUGUGGCUGGGAGCAGCACAUGCAUCUAUAGGAAAUGGCUGCAGCCGCCAACCAAUAACUAGUAUUUCCAGCAUGUAGUUCCUUGUGUUGGAACGUUUGCAGAUCACAGUCCAGCAAAUAUCUUACAUUUAUUUCUCUCUACAAAAUGUUGACAGUUGCAGAUACAUCUAGGAGAGGGGGACAGAGGAAAGGGGAAGAGUCACCGCCCCCCCUCCCCUGAGAGACGUGUUACUCUGUUUUUUUUUUUUAAUUGAAGCAGUUUUGGCAACUGAUUUAGAAAAACUCCCCAUCCCAACCUGAAUCCUGGAUAUGCUGCAGGUUGAAGACCAGGUUAAGGUUUCAGUUUGCUAAAAUUUUACAUAAUUAAAUAUAGAGUCCUGUCCUUACUCGCCAGAUGGUUGGAAGAUACACUUUCAUUUCUUGGGCCUCCACUGGCCCAAAUAGUGGCCACGUUUUGCCUUAAUUUGUUGGCAUUGUUGAAUGGCAGUUAAAAUUGUCCAGUUGCAAGUAGAAUGUAACCCAGCACAUCUUACUGACUCCAUGAUAAUUCCCAGUAAUGUAUAUUUAAACAGGUGAUGUGUUUCAUGUAAUCUGUAUUUUGUCAAUAUGUAAAUAAAUGUAGAUUAAAUUGUACAGCAUGGUGCUAUGAGAACAGGUGCUUACCAUUGAGGAGUGGGUACCAGUUGUUUGUAGUGCAAAUGAAGAUUUAGGCUGCGUCUGAAUCUGUUGUCUAGAGCUAGGUCUAGGUCUUCACUCUAUUGGAAAUUAUGUGGAGACGCACAGACAUUAGACCUAGCGGUAGCUCUGGAGGCUUGUUUCGGACACCGCCUUACUGUUAUCAUAUCGGUGUAAUACUGCAAGUUACUAGCCGGUACCAGUCACAUAUAUGCAAUUUCAUCCUAUGCAAUGUAAUAAAACCUUUCAGUUGAAAAGUGCCUUUGUUUCACCUUUGCAAGAAGAGCUUUUCUACAAGAAAAAUCCUAGAUUUUCGAGGCUCACUUUCAUAUUUGUAAUACUUGCUUGAAAGGUUGGUGUACUGUUUGUCAUAUAUCUUUUAUUUUAAUAAAAGGUUUUCAUAAUAUAAUGGGACUGAUCAGUAUCACUGUUCCAUGAAAAUGUACAUAUGUAUCAAUUAUAAAUAUUGUGAUUGUGUUAACAAAGUGCAAUUGGCUGAUAGUCAUUUUUUACACUCAUAAAAUACUUCUUUGAUACCUCAUGUAAUUGAUUUUGUUGCUUUUUUUAAACACUAUUCCAGGUUACUUUUAGUUAAGAUGUGUUCCAAGUCAGCGUAAUACCUUUGUUGAAUUUGAUACGGUUGUGCUCUUUUGACAAGUUUGCGUUGGCGUAAGCUGUAAGGUUUUCACUUCAAUAUAAAAUGCAAAUUCCUGGCAAGGGGAACAGAUAAGUUUUCUUCUUCAAAAUCUCUCCUGGCAACCUCCAAAAAAAGUGCCUUAUUUAGCAGAUGACGAGUUCACAGAUGCUUUAUAUUUUCACAAUCUUUGCCCAAGUUUUUGUGAAGAUUCAAAUGCUAUCUUUGCAUGGAAAUGCAAGAAAAAAUUAAACUUUUAAGCAAAAUUUCUACUUUUUGAAGACAAAUGUAUAAAUAAAACAUGUUAUAAGUUUAUAAUAUGUUCAUAGUGUCAUUUCGCCACCCUCUACAAACAUUUUGCUAGAAACAUUGGGGGGGGUGGUCCAUUUGAAGGGAAUAGUGUAGACUCUGUGUCCCAUGACAACAUGCUAGUAUUGCGUCAUUGCUGACACCCGAGAUAAACUCUAGAUUCUUUUCUCAACUUUUUGAAGGGACCAUCAGAUUAUUUUGAAUAUAUUGGACACACCGAUGUUGAUGGACCAACAAGAAUAAAUUCAGGAUUUUUAA